AUGGCUGAACUUAGCGGUUCGAUCUCAUCGAUCGGAGGUGGCGCAUCUGCCUUCCUUCCCUAUCAGAGUAUCAGCUACAAUCAGCCACUACCGUACUAUAGUAAUCAACAUCCUCCGCCACCACCACCACCCCAGCCGCCGCCGUUGACGAGACGACAGGAGCAGCCGCUUCUGAAUGUGAAAAAGUAUCGGAUGGCUUUUAUGGGAAUCUCUCCAGCAUUUAUGGAUAUUGUGGUGUUUGAACUACUACACGAUCCACUGCAUAGCUCUUUAAGUAAUUAUUCUAUGCAUUAA